GUCUUAGAGAGAUCAAAAUUCAAUCCCGUUCUGAGAAAAAAAAAAUAGAAAUGACGUUAUUUGAAUAUGUGCCCAAAAUCCUUAAUGAAUAACUUAGGACGAGUAGGAGGCAAAUGCUGCCCCAGCUGUUUCCUGUUGAAAAUGUCUGUGUAAUGUAGAUAAAUGUGAGGGAUUUUCUCUCUAAAUCCGUCUCCUGUUCGCUAAAUCUCACUUCUCCAAAACGAGCCUGCGCAAUGGAACAAAGUCGGAAUAUUGAGAUGUGACAUUGCCCGCAUCUCAUCCUCUUUCUCCCCGUUUUUUAAUGACUUCAAACAAGUUCAUUUUCGCCGGGCUUUGUCUUGCGGAGACCCGUGGGGAUGUCUAGCGCUCUUUCCUUUCAGUGGCAUUUAUGUGAUGUCUUCAAGAGUGCGAUGUGCUGUAUCUCCUGUAGCCACACCCUCUCACUACUGCUGUGCGUCCUCACCCUGACUCCGACAGCAACAGGGGCGGGCCCAGAGACCCUGUGCGGGGCGGAGCUGGUCGACACGCUGCAGUUUGUGUGUGGAGAGAGAGGCUUUUAUUUCAGUAAACCGGGCUAUGGCACUAAUGCACGACGGUCACGUGGCAUCGUGGACGAGUGCUGCUUCCAAAGCUGUGAGCUGCGGCGCCUGGAGAUGUACUGUGCACCUGCCAAGACUAGCAAGCCUGCUCGCUCUGUGCGUGCACAGCGCCACACAGACAUGCCGAGAGCACCCAAGGUUAGUACCGCAGGGCACAAAGUGGACAAAGGCACAGAGCGUAGGACAGCACAGCAACCAGACAAGACAAAAAACAAGAAGAGACCUUUACCUGGACAUAGUCAUUCAUCCUUCAAGGAAGUGCAUCAGAAAAACUCAAGUCGAGGCAACACGGGCGGCAGAAAUUACAGAAUGUAGGGAUGGAGCGAAUGGACAAAUGCCCAGCGAUUUGGGAAGAGAGAAGGGAGUGGCCUUACCUGGUACCCCUGUGGAAUGGUUCACUGUAAAACAAAACAAAGAGGAUGCUAACAAAGAUCCGAAAAGCUCUUCAAAAUGAUUGAAUCCUGAGAGCUAAGUGGUGUUUAAGGGUUUGAUGAGGGAUAUUGUGAUUAUUUUAUACACUGCACCAUUCCAUAUCGGGAGGAAUUCUUUGUUAAUAAAAUGUAACAGACUAGUUUAGCUGCUGAGACACGAACAAGAGCUUAUUAUACCUCCAUGUGUGAGCUGCAGCAUCUCCUGGCUCCAGGAAAGGUGGAAACGGAUCUGGGCUUCAUCCAAUCAGAGAUCGGCAGGCUGUGUUUGCUCCCUGAACUUUGCGGAGGUAAAUCCUUUUACUCUGUGAGAGUGGAUUCAUUUACUCCUUUGGUAAGAUACUUUGUCACCGGUCACAUAUAACAGUUAUUACCCGAGUUAAAAUCUGAUUAUCUUACCUUCAGAAUUUUGUUUAUGCACCAUGCAGGUUAUUUUUAAUGAGUAAAAAACAAGGUUUGCUUUAUAGGACAAAGACCAGGGGGAUAAUUUUCUGACUUUAAACAUUGUUGUUAUUUUACCUUGAACCCAAUUCAAAUCCCUACUUCUCCUUGACUCCUGUAGGCAGCGUUCAUCUGCCUAACCGGAGUCUCUUGAAAGUUUGAGUCCAAUCCAAAUCCCUCCUAAGCCUCAGGAAGUGUUGAGAACCUGAGGACUGAGUCUACAAUCCAAACACUUCUUUAACAACAGAUCAAGCACCAUUAGAGGGGAUUUGAAAGAAGGUGGGAAGUACAAAAACAAGAUUGUGCCUGUUCUUUUUAAAUAAGAAAAACAAGCAGGAAAACUAAUUAACCAGAAGCUAAAUUGAAUUAAGAUUUUUGGCAAGUCAGUGCAUGGUGCUUGUUUGAUUGCCAGAAAUGGGUCAUUCAGUGGAUUCAAAGUGCAUUUGGCAUAAGUCAGUGGAAUAAGUCAAAUAGCGACAAUCAGGCAAAAUGUUUGCUGUGGCCAAAUCUGAUUUUUGUCAACAAUCCAGUCACCGGUGAUCAACAUUUGAGUCUGAGUGGAGGCCUGUGUUCAAGGUUAAGCAUGAGCCAUGAAAGUUUAGUCACGGCAAGUCAACAAGUGCUCUAAGAAGAGUAAAAUAUUUUUCCAGGUUUCUCAAAGAACGAACAAUAUGUUCCCAAAACUGUCAACACCUAAGUUUGCAGCAAAAGAAAGGAGAGGCUCUUACAGUUGCCACGCAGAUGGGAAGUUUUAACGAUUGAUCGGCCUGUUAUGUUUUUGUUAGUUUAGGGAGGCCGAGAACUUUGCUACUUCAGUUGUCGCUCGGACUGCAUUACCUGCCAUCAUGGCAUCAAGGAAAAACAAAAAACCCACAGCAUCUCUUACAAACUCACAUACAGAGAAUAAACAAUUUGGUAAAUAUUGCAAACCAAAUUGACAAGUCUUCCGAGAGAUGUGAGAUACGGCACACAAAACCACAUGCAAAGCACCCACAGUGUAAAUGAGAGUUGUAUAACUGUGAGCAAGGGUCAAGCACACACAGACAUACAAACACACACACGUUUCAUAAAAGCCAGUUCUGAGAAGUCCUUGCAUGAGGACUGACAGUCACGGCUGUUUGUUCAAGCCUCCAUGCGGAUUUUCAGUCAUUUUAAUCGCACAAACCGCCCAAAACAUCUCAUCUCUGCCUCCUCUGCCUGUGUAUAAUCAAACAGUACUCCCAUUUAUGUUAACCUAUGCAUUACUAUCAUUCAUUGUACAUGAUGGUUUCAUAUAACAAAACUGUAUUAAGAAUCCUAUCCACUGUAUAAUGGUGCUAUUUUGUAGUUUGUUACUUGCAAGAGAUGGCUAAGACAGACAGAUGGCAGGGCUUACAUCGGAGGUCUUCCCUUUUGCACAGCCUUGUGGCCACCAUUUUAAUAGUGUUUUUAUUUGUAAGUUUCAAUAAGGUAGUAGUGUAAGCGAGUAAAUGUAUCUGUGUGAAAUCUGUGAAUGCAUGGAGAUAAAAAAGAAAAAAAAAGAAGAAGAAAAUACAAUGUUGUGGUCCCAAGAAGGCAAAAUGCUAUUUUUUCUACUGUUUUUGAAUUAUUUUCUCAAUAUAGAUCCCUUAUGCCAAAUAACUUGACAAAAGUACUGUGAACUGUGAUUCUUCCAAUUGUAUUGAGAUUGUUCAAAGUCAUGGUGUGCUUUUGUCUGUCCUGAGAUGUGUGUGUACAUGCACUUCACUGGAAGCCAAGGUAUUGAUUAUUGAAAACACUUAACUCGAGAAUACGUAACUUUUGCUGAACAGUGGCCACUGUGGCUACAAGUGGUAAUUACAGCAUAAUGGCAUAUUAAAUUUAUGUUUAUCUGUGAUACGCUCAAACGUCAUAAACAGGAGCACAAUGUGAGAAGAACCAUAACAUCAGCUAAAUUAACUCAUUAAUAUCACCCAGCUGGAAAGAAUAGUUUGACGUUUUGGGAAAUUCGCUUUCUUGCCAGGAGUUAAAUGGAAACAUCAAUAUUGCUUUCACAUCCUUACGUUAAAAACAAGACUACAGCUAGCAGCCAGUUAGUAGGCUAUUACCUACGCUAGCUCUGUCCAGCCUAACAGCACCUCUAAAAUAUAUUUUUUUUCUUCUACAGAUUAAGGUUUGGUUUUGUGAUGUUAGAGUGGUUAAUUAAGUUACAUUUCGUGCAAUGGUGGAAGCUGUGGGGCUGAAAAUUGAAGCCAAAAAAAAAAAACUGCAGUGACUUGCCGCUACAUUCAGCCAGCUUUAGUCCACCCAUGCUCCACCUGUUGCCAAUUUUUUGAUUAGCCAGGAGACAGGCUUUGCCAAGAUGGCAACUUCCCACAUUAAGUAUUAUUUUUGCUCUUCCGAAACCUAUGGAUAAAGCAUAAAUGUACAGUUAAAGGCUUCAGGAGGCACAACUGCGCAAUUGGCAGACCAUUGCAGCCUCGUUGCCUUCCAGAAGAAAAAAAAAUCAGUCAUCUGAUUGGCCAAUAUCUUCUUCCUUGUGUGAUUGGUAAACAUGGCAUCAUUUUGUGUUUUUUUAAAACUAUGGAGGGGGAAAAUAACCCUUGUGCACCAAUGUGUGUGUGGACAACUCCAAACAAGCUAGCAAAGUAAGCCCCUACCCUCAGUUUCCACUCUUUAUGCUAGGCUAGGCUAAGCUAAGCUAACUUUCUCCUGGUUGUAGCUUGACAUUUGAACUUCAGAUAUGAAAGCGUUAUUCAUAUUCUCAUCACUCUGGGUAAAAUUGCAAAUGCAUUAUAUUUCUCUAAUUAUCAACUGCUGCUUCAAGUUUGCUAACAUUAGCUAACGUUAGCCUGCAUAAGCUAGUGGUCAUACCAGAGCAAAUAAAGCUUUAGUGACAAAACGCCCUGAGUGUAUUAAACUGAGCAAGGGUGUGUUUUGUUGCUUAUGAAUUACAUUUCUCAUGUUACUUAAAGAAUAAGCCAGGAGUUAAUUUAUUUUGA